CCGCCUCCGCUCCACUCCCCGAUCCAGAUCCCUCCCCCACCGCCCCGUCCUCCCCUUCCUUCUGCCGCUGCCCCGUCCUCCCCUUUCUUUCGCCGCCCACGUCUCCCCUCUCCCUCCAUGGCUGCAGAUCCACUAAAGCUCCUCCCACUGCCGACACCCAACCCCACCCAACCGGCGACCGUCUCCCCCAACCCCAUCACCACCGUGACCUCCCUCCCUCACUCCCUAGCUCUCCCUCCCUUAGGUCCGUCCGACCCAUGGGCGGAUGAGGGCCGAAGCCCUAGCCCUUCACCCACCCACCAAUGGAUGGAUGGGGACGGGGCAAUGAUGGCGCGGUGGCGGAGACCUCCAUGGCGAACGCGGGCCGGCAGCCGGCCAUCUCCGCCAAGCCCGACCUGCUGGCGGCUCUGCUCACGGGUCGGGCCCCGCCGGCGGAGGAAGGAGAGCACAGCCGCCGCUUGUACAUCGGACGAUCCCGUCUACGAGUUCAUCACCUCCGACACCGUCUACAGCCCGCAGGUGUCGUGCUGGCGACCGGGACCGGUUCGGAGCGCUCGGAUCGAAGGUGGCCGAGCACUGAUAACUUUUGUGGGGGACCGGACGGUGGUGCAGAUGUACAAGUUCCUCAAGAAGCACGCUGCCGUCCCUUUCAACUCUGAUGCAGCCGCGGCUGGCUGUGCUUCUGCCUCGGCCGGCUGUGCUUCUGCCUCGGCUACAAACUGCCUAGGGGCCAGAGAGUUAGCCCAGUCCUGACUAUGGGUCCAGUGAGUCUGGCAUUUGAUCACUAUGGAAGGAGCUCCAUGAUGAAGAAGAAAACACUUGUAGAGCUUGUAACUAUGAUUCCCAUACUUGUAUAUGUUACAGCUUCUAUUACUUGUCAUUUGUAGAGCUUGUACUGAAUCUGGCUAUUGUAAUUAGAAGUAUUAUGUGUUCUUGCUUGCCAAUUUAAAUACUGGUUA